GAACUUUACGUCUCCAUGCUCUGGCGUCGUUACGUUAUUCGCAAUCCAGCAGUUGUCGCGUUCGGCUGCAGAUCGGAACUUAAAUUUGGAUCCUACACGCAAAGGCGAAGAAUUUGCUGGGUCUAUUCUCUUCGAGCAGGCGUUUCCAAUUGGAUUCAAAUUAGAUUUAUUGAAAUGUUGCCCUUUCGAUGGGGCCUGCUGCUUGGCAUGGUGCUGCUCAUAGCAUACACAAAUGGAGCGGCCAUAGAUCAAUCAUCUAUGGAUGAUGAUGCCGAGCUGACUCCCCUGACUGAAUUAGAGCGAACCAAAAGAAGCGGCAGAGGCUAUGUCCGUGGACAAACACAGUCUCAGUACUUAAACUUUGGCAAGCCCGAACAGGAUGGCAAGGCUGAGGCGGAGGCUAAUGAGAGUGGUUCACGUUCAACUGUUUCUGGUAGCCAUGGCAUGGGACAAGCCCAGAGUCAAUUCUCUGGUGGAGAUUGUAGCGGAUGCUCCGGAUAUCAUGCGGAAUACCCAGGUUCUGUCGGCACAGCUUUGUAUCCAAGUGGUCCUAGCGUCGAUGGUGCCGCUUCUCUUGUUCCAGGUCGCAUCGGCAGGCCUGAUGCUAUAAUUAGUCUUCCAGGCUCUGGCGAAGCUGGUGCUACGGCUGGAGGACAGCCAGGAUCUGUUGCUGGUCAGCCUGGCUAUGGAACACAGCCUGGAGGAUAUAAUCAGUUUGGCAUUGGUGGUGUACAGCCGGGUUACGGAACAGAUGGGCAACCUGGAACUGGAACGGGACGGCCAGGUGCUCAGUCGGGAGCUACCGGACAGCCCGGUGUUCAACCUGGUGCAGGAGGUCAACUUGGCGCUCAGCCUGGAAUAGGAGGCACUCAACCCGACUAUGGAGGUGGUGGUCACCCUGGGUAUCGUGGUUCGCAGCCCGGUUCUGGUGUUGGUAAGCCCACCGAUGGAGUCAGAAGACAACCUGAUGUUCAGCCCAAAUCUGAUGGCAUUCAGCCUGGUUACGGAGCACAGCCUGGAAGCGGCGGUAGCCAGCCUGGGUACGUAACUCAGAAUGGAGCAGGAGGACAGCCGGGAACUGACGCCAGUCAGCCCGGCUAUGGUACCCAAUCAGGAACAAGUGGACAGCCGGGUAUCGGUGGCACUCAACCUGGAUACGGAACUCAAACUGGAUCAAGAGGACAGCCAGGAAUAGGUCAGCUUGGCUAUGGAACCCAACCAGGAAUAGAUGGACAUGGGACAGGAGGACAACCCGGAACUGACGCUAGUCAGCCCGGCUAUGGUACCCAACCAGGAACUACUGGACAGCCGGGAACCGGUGGCAUUCAACCUGGAUACGGUACUCAGCAUGGACUGCCUGGCAUUGGCGGUGGUCAGCCUGGAUACGGUACACAGCCUGGCGUGGGGGUCCAUCAUGGAAUUGGCGGCGGGCAACCUGGAAUUAGCAGUGGUCAGCCAGGUUAUAUCUCUCAACCUGGAGCAGGGGGACAUCCUGGAAUCGGAGGUUCUCAGCCAGGAUACGGCACUCAACCUGGAGUAGGAGCUUACCCUGGAAUAGUCGGUGGACAGACUGGAACUGGUGGCGGUCAGCCAGGAUACGGUGUUCAGCCUGGAGUAGGAGGCCAGCCAGGAAUCGGAGGUGGUCAGCCUGGAUACGGGUCCCAACCUGGAGCAGGAGGACAGCCAGGAAUCGGAGGUGGUCAGCCUGGAUACGGACCCCAACCUGGAGCAGGAGGACAGCCGGGAAUAGGAGGUGGUCAGCCUGGAUACGGAUCUCAGCCAGCAAUCGGAAGUGGUCAGCCUGGAUACGGAGCACAUCCUGAAGCAGGGAGAGUAAUCGGAAUUGGUGGCGGACAGCCUGGCUAUGGAACUCAAUCUGGAGCAGGUGGACAGCCCGGUUUGGGUGGUGAUCAGCUUAGAUACGGAACUCAGCCUGGAGCAGGACGACAGCCUAGCGGUGGUCAGCCUGGAUACGGUACUCAGCCUGGAUCUGGAUCACAUCCUGGAAUAGGCGGUGGACAGCCUGGUUACAGUACUCAGCCUGGAGCUGGGUCACAACAACCUGGAUUUGGUGGUAUUCAGCCUGGAAUUGGCGUUGGUCAGCCUGGCUAUGGUGCCCAACCUGGAGCAGGGGGACAGCCAGGAAUCGGAGGUGGUCAGCCUGGAUACGGGUCCCAACCUGGAGCAGGAGGACAGCCAGGAAUCGGAGGUGGUCAGCCUGGAUACGGGUCCCAACCUGGAGCAGGAGGACAGUCAGGAAUCGGAGGUGGUCAGCCUGGAUACGGGUUCCAACCUGGAGCAGGAGGACAGCCAGGAAUCGGAGGUGGUCAGCCCGGAUACGGAACUCAACUGGUACCAGGAAGACAGGCUGGAGUUGGCGGGGAUCAGCUUGGAUACGGAUCUUUGCCAGAAGCACGGCAAUCAGGAAUUACAGGUGGUCAGCCUGGAUACGGAUCUCAGCCAGCAAUCGGAAGUGGUCAACCCGGAUAUGGAACUCAGCCUGGUGUUGGAGGACAAACCGGAACUGCCGGACAGCCUGGCUAUGGUGCUCAACUGGGAGUUGGUGGACAGCCUGGAAUUGGCGGUGGAUACGGAACGCAACCUGGUGCAGGAGGACAGCCCGGUAUUGGAGGUAGUCAGCCGGGCUAUGGUACGCAACCAGGAAUUGGGGGACAGCCUGGAAUUGCCGGUGGAUACGGAACUCAGCCUGGAGCAGGAGGACAACCUGGUAUUGGAGGUAGUCAGCCAGGCUAUGGUACGCAACCAGGAGUUGGGGGGCAGCCUGGAUACGGAACGCAACCUGGUGCAGGAGGACAGCCGGGUAUUGGAGGUACGCAACCAGGAAUUGGGGGACAGCCUGGAAUUGCCGGUGGAUACGGAACUCAGCCUGGAGCUGGAGGACAGCCCGGUAUUGGAGGUAGUCAGCCAGGCUAUGGUACGCAACCAGGAGUUGGGGGGCAGCCUGGAUACGGAACGCAACCUGGUGCAGGAGGACAGCCCGGUAUUGGAGGUAGUCAGCCGGGCUAUGGUACGCAACCAGGAAUUGGGGGACAGCCUGGAAUUGCCGGUGGAUACGGAACUCAGCCUGGAGCAGGAGGACAACCUGGUAUUGGAGGUAGUCAGCCAGGCUAUGGUACGCAACCAGGAGUUGGGGGGCAGCCUGGAUACGGAACGCAACCUGGUGCAGGAGGACAGCCCGGGAUUGGAGGUACGCAAGCAGGAAUUGGGGGACAGCCUGGAAUCGCCGGUGGAUACAGAACACAACCUGGCACAGGAGGACAGCCCGGCAUUGGAGGUAGUCAGCCGGGCUAUGGUACGCAACCGGGAAUUGGGGGACAGCCUGGAGUUGCCGGUGGAUACGGAACUCAGCCUGGAGCAGGAGGACAACCUGGUAUUGGAGGUAGUCAGCCAGGCUAUGGUACGCAACCAGGAGUUGGGGGGCAGCCUGGAUACGGAACGCAACCUGGUGGAGGAGGACAGCCCGGUAUUGGAGGUACGCAACCAGGAAUUGGGGGACAGCCUGGAAUCGCCAGUGGAUACGGAACUCAGCCUGGAGCAGGAGGACAGCCCGGUAUUGGAGGUAGUCAGCCGGGCUAUGGUUCGCAAUCAGGAGUUGGGGGGCAGCCUGGAAUUUCCGGUGGAUACAGAACUCAGCCGGGAGCAGGAGGACAGACAGGUGGUCAGGUUGGUUAUGGAACCCAGCCUGGAGCUGCUGGAACGCAUAUUGGCUACGGAACUCAACCAGGUAUAGGAGGACAGCCUGGAAUAAGCGGAGGUCAGCUCGGAAUUGGCAGUCAAAUUGGUGGUCAGCCAGGAAUAGUUACUACUCCGUCUGGAGUUGGUGGUGGGCAAUUCGGCUACGGAACUCAACCUGGCAUUGGAGCUCCAUCUGGAGUUGGUGGAGGCCAAAUUGGUGCUCCUGGACGUUAUACAGAUGCCGCAACUGGCUUAGGAGCGGUCACUGUACCUGGGGCUGCUGGCACAGGCGGUGUUGACGAUGCCUUCUCGCAAGCUGAGUCCGCUAUUGGCGACGGCCAAGCAUCGGCUAGCGCCCAGGGCAAGAAGAAUGGAGGUACUGCUAAGACGCAAGUAUCUGGCGCCUACAGCAAGGGCAGCUCGUUCAGCGCCAGCGCAAUGACCUCUGACGCAGAUCGUACUGCGAGCGCACAAGUAACAGGCAAUGAAGAUGGUGCAAUGAGUCAGUCUCAGGGCUCUGGCGGUCCUUCCCAAUCCCAAGCUCAAGUCCAACUUAAUGCUAAGGAUGGCGGCACUAAGGCCUCUUCACAGAGCGGCGGUAUCAUACACCAGAGCCAGAGCGAGGUGCAGGCCAAUGAUAAAGGCGGCCUGGCUGAUGCACAAUCCAGCGGACCAGGUCAGACUUCAUCGCAAGCACAAAUCGGCUUCCGUCCUGGUCAGGACACUAGUUCAGCAGCUGCAUCAGGUGGUGGACAAGCGUCGGCACAGUCAGGCAGUCACUCAGGACAGAGUCAGUCCCAGAUACACGGCACAUCCAGCUUUGGCGUCUCGUAUCAUGGUGCCGCACAAUCUGCAUCGGGAACGAAGGAACAAGUGGCCACGUAUCGCGAACAGAACAGGGAGCUAUUUAAUACAAUUAGUCAGUUCGGCAAUACUGGAAACGCUGUUACCGAUCGGGUUGACGCCGUUUUUAGCGGCCCAGCAAUUGCUUCCGAAUCUGAUAUACCAGAGAUUCAGUUGAAAUCCUCAAAGACGAGCAAAGAGCUCAGUGACAAAGGUGAAAGCAAUAAGCUGGGUCAACCACAGCCCACAAUUACCGACGAUGAGGAAGCAGAGGAUGACGAGGAACCGUAUGAUGAAUAUGACGAGGAGGAUUACUACAACGAAAAGCCAGUGAAACUCGAAGAAAGUCCCCCAACUGCUAGCCAGACCAAAAACCAGGAGCCCGGCGCAGCACCAGCACCUGUGGCUGAACCCAUCACCUAUAGGCAAUCAUCUCCCACUCAAAAUCAGCAGGCCGUGGUAGCCAACCCGAACGCUGGCCAGUAUCGAGUAGUGCAGAAUCAAAACGGACGUGUUAAUACAUAUCCCGUCCGCACCACCACCGAAUCUGUGCCCAGUGGCUUCCGCGGCACGGUGAAUGUGGAAAAGAAGUUCCACACAAAAGCACUGGAGCUGCACAGCACCAACAAGAAGGUGGACAUCAGUGCCGAGGAGGACGAUAGUAAGGUAGCUGACGAGGGCGCCCACAAGCCACGUGCACCAGACAGCUAUGUGACAGUCACCAAGUCAGUGACUGGCAGCAUGGACAAUUCGAAGAACCCGCCACAGGAGAACAAAAACUUCCAGUCCACAUACUAUACGAAGUCGUCAACGUGCGGCUACUUUACCUUCUCCUGCAAUAUUGUCUACGGUGCGAAUGGACGCAGUAAAAUCUGUCGUCCCAAGGCGCCGUCUAACGGCAAGUGCUAAGGAUGCCAUCAGCAGUUGAAUGGGGCUCAAAUUGUAAUCACAUAUAGCUAACCAAUAACCUGUUUGUAUUUGACGCACUUAAGCAUUUAAGUUUUUGCUACUAAUUUAAGAGUCUUACUGCCAUUUUUUUACUUCGUACACCGAUUGAAAUUGUAAUUAAUAUUUAAUAAUAACCAAGACACACUGCCGUGAAA